AUCGAAAUAAAUUGUCCAUACAGCAUUGUAGCACGUAGGCUACUUGAUCGUCCAUUGAAAGAUGGCUAGUAGACUUAACUCGAAAUAUUAUCUUGUGUGUGACUUGGAAUCGACUUGCGUCUACCCUCGACAACAAGACUGGGAACCAGAAAUUAUUGAAAUUGGUGCAGUUUUGCUUAAUAAGCAACUCAAACAAAUCAGUGAAUUUCAAGAGUAUGUUUGUCCGAAUGUAAAUAGAAGAUUGACUCGAUAUUGUCUGGAUCUUACAAAAAUAACCCAGAGAGAUGUUGACAGAGCAGAUCCAUUUCCAGACGUGUACGGACGGAUGGUGAAAUGGAUGACAGAAAACGGAUUAAACCUUCAGCCAGGAAGUCAAAACUUUACUUUCAUCACUGACGGUAUCUUUGACUGCAACCAGUACAUACGAAAUCAGUGCAAGCUCUCCAAGAUAGCGUUUCCAGAAUGGGCGAAACAUUAUGGCAACAUAAAAAAACACUUCACCUCCGUUCUACCAUACAUGCGGAGGACUGAUGGGAGGUCGAACAGCAUCACUGACAUGAUGGAAAAGCUAAAGCUUCCAGUAGAAGGUCAGUUGCAUCGAGCAUUGGAUGACGCUCAACAGGUGGUUAAGAUAAUGAAAGGUCUUCGUGACAUUCGGCCUACUUUUGAUUUCACAGCCAACGAAACAAUAAAGCCGUACUGGAGAAUGAAAUUUUUCGACUAACCGUAUAAUAUUAUAUUAGAACUUUCGAUUUGGGCCACGACAUAACUUUAGAUCUAAUUCACUUAACUUAGACCAUCCUACGUUUUCUCAUAACGUCGAUUCGGGCCAAAUUGCGUCCUAGAAUCCACGUGAUAACGUUCUGACAUGCGCAGGCGACUAUUUAGUGACGUCAUUACGUUCUAGGCGCAAGUAAUGGGUAGUUUUUGCCGCAGGACGUUAACCUAAACUUUAACGAAUUACGUCAUUAUUUAUUCAUCUUGCGUUGCGGAGUAUGUUAAAUUGAAGAUUUUACGUGCUCGACGUACCUUAGUUACGGGUUGCGCAUGCACCUAUUAGGUAGUUUUCGCCGCACGACGUUAACCUUAACUUUAACGUCAGUACCCAGCAUGCAGCGCGAUAGUUCCAACCCUUUUGUAAACAAAUCGAAAUACGCCUGCGCAAACCCGUAACUAACGUACGGUCGAGAUUGUUAAAUUCUGAAAUUACCG